AUGGCCGCAUCUACCGCAGCAAGAAACGCUUUCAUGAAAAAUUGGUUCCGAGCUGAAAUCAUCCCAAUCUAUGUUGUAACCGGAGUAGCUGUUUUUGGUGCAAGUUGGUAUCUAACCCGUCUUGCCCGGGGACCUGAAGUCAUUUGGGACAAAAAAAACAACCCAACCCCAUGGAAUAAUAUUGAAGACGGUACACAAGUAAAACUUAUUGCCGUCAAUCAGAAAUUCGACAGGAAGUAUGUUUUAGUGGUAUAA